UUAUUAGUCAAUUGAAAUUGACUCCGCCUAGCUAAGCAUCCGACGAUUCCAGGCUUUCCAGCUUUCUUCAUAAUUCAGUUUCUUCAAGAUGGAAAGUCCAAUUCAGUUGCGCAUUGAUUUAAGUGUGAAGGAUUUGCUAACUUUCCUCACUCAAGCAGUGAAGAAUCCAGUCAUACUGAAUGACAAAUGGAAGGACUUGGGAGAAGGGCUUGGUCUUGACCAGGAGGCUUUAAGCGGGAUCUCAUCUAGUAGACAACCAGAAGAGUACCUGGAAGGCUGCCUCUCACUUUGGUAUGAAAGUAAAGGGGAAAGAUUGGCUGCUCCUUUCACAUGGGAAGCGUUACUCAUAGCACUGAAUAAAACUGGGGAAGCACAGAUGGCUAUAGACAUUUAUUUUGCAGUAUCUGGUAAGGGAGUGGAUGGAAUUGGAGAAAGUGAUUUCUUGAAAUCACUUGAUGAAGCAUUAAAGGAAGGCUCUGUUAAGACAAGGUGGACAAAGUUUGCAGUAUCAGGUCCAUCAGGGAGUGGUAAAACAUCCUCAAUUAAGCUUCUGCUUGGGGAAGAGCCAGUUAUUGAGUAUUUGAGCACUGACGUCAUUGAAGCAGCAAAAAUAAGAGCAUACAAUAUAAUGGCCGAAAAUGACAGCAAUAGAGGAAGGAAUAUAAUGUGGAGAGAAAUUAGUUCACUGGAAGAUAUUGUUUCGAAUGACUCUCCGGAAAUGGAUAAGCUUACCGAAGACAUUGAUGGCCUCAAGUUGUCAAAGGAGAAAGCUAGCAGUCGACCUUCUUUAAACAAAAUAGUUCAUUUUAUCUAUGCCAUUGAUACUGGUGGUCAAGCUGCCUUCCUUGACAUUGCCCCAGCUCUAAUGCGUCACAAUUCUGUCACCAUAGUCACGCACAAGCUUGAUGAGGAUCUUGAAGACAAAGUUAAGUUUUCCUAUUGCUUGGAUCAUAGUGAGGAUCGUCAGCACACAUAUGAAUCCUCUGAACAUCAGAUCACUCAUCGACAGCUUUUGGAAUCGUUAAUAAGACCAUCGCAUAUGACCAACAAGCCUCAACUGGAUAUGAUUAAAGCAAAGCACUAUCCUCCAGAUGAAAGAUCCUGUUUCAUCAUAUUGGGCACAAAUUUUGAUAAGAUCAGUAAUGAUGUGGACAAAGUCAAGGAAAAAAGUACUUCCCUUUCAGCUACACUAAAGCAAUUUGACAGUGAUCGUAAGAUAAGCGUAUGCAAAUAUAACGUUAAGCAGCAAGGUGGGGCCUCAACAGCCUCAUAUAUAUUCCCUAUCAAUGCGAUAGACAGAGGUCCUGACACAUUAAAUAUUGCAAAAAUAGUUCGCCGUCAGGUCAGUAAAUCAUAUAUUGAAGCCGAUAUUCCCAAGUCAUGGUUUUCUUUCCAUAAGAGAUUAGUGGAAGGAUCUCAAGAGCCAACAAAAGAGUCGAUGGAGGCAAACAAGAAUGUCGUUAGUUUAGAAGAAUGUAAAAGAAUUGGAUUAGAGCUUAAGAUGAAUAUGAAAGAAGUAGAAGCAGCUCUGAUGUACUAUCACAGUCUCACAGUGAUACUUUACUACCCAGAGAUCAUCCCAGAUGUUGUCUUCCUUAAGCCGCAGCCGCUAUUUAAGAAGCUCUCUCAAAUAGUCUUUGCUUCGUUUAGUGAGGCACCUGCAAUAUUUCAAGAUGAAUUUGACAUUGAUUUGCCUGGCGAUGCUCAGCAUAAUCUAAGCACAAAAGGCACAUUUAAAAAGGAUCUACUAGAUGAGCUGGAAUUUCUUGAUGAGUUUGAGGACUUGUAUACUUCUGCUGACCUCAUAAAUCUAAUGAUAAAGCUUUUGAUCAUAGUCAAGCUGCCAAUGAGUGACCAUGAUCCAGACGAACAAUACUUUUUGCCAUCUGUACUUCCUAUCUGCGACCCAGCUGUAAAAGCUGAAGAGUUUAAGAAACACUGUCACGUCAGUCCUCUUUUAAUUGGUUGGGAAAAGGUCAUUCCUCAAGGAUUCUUUUGUGCUUUGAUACUUCGUCUACUUCAGCAUAAGGAUUUUGCUAGUGAAAGCUUUUUAAGAGAUAGGUCAGGAGGGAAUGAAAUAAAGCAAUAUCGUAAUGUCGUCAAGCUACCAUGUAAGAGCACCAAAGGGGGCAAAGUAUUGCUUAUUGAUGGCAUAAAUAUAUUGCAAAUACAUUAUAAUGGAGACUCAAAAAAUUGCUUCGAGUUACGAAAAACACUGAUGGAGGUGAUAGAUUUUGUUGAUCAAGAAUACUCGUACAAUUUGGGUCAACUGUCUUGCUCCUUUUUUUCAAGGCAUGAGGAGUGUGCCACAGUGAAAAGUAGCCUCAAUGAGGAUAUGGUUCUUAGUUGCACUCGCAGUGGCUGUGACCAAGCACCAUAUGGCAUUGAUCAGCAAUGUGAGCUACCAUGGAUUAAGCAGGAGACACCAUUAGCUCAGCAAUCUGCAACAAAAGAUCUAGAGCUAGAUCCAAAGGUCCAAUCAGUAUUAGACAAGGCACCAAAAUUAACACAUCUUCAACAUAUAUUUUUAAAAUAUUCAGAAAAAUAUUUCAUUAUUGGUGCAGCAUUAGAGGUUGAGGCUGAUGGCUCUCUUAUUGGCACAAAAAUUAUGCUUAAUGACAUUUUUAAAAAGUGGAAAGAUUCGGGCAAAAAUGUAUUUUGGCGAACAAUGCUACAAGUCUGUAAAGAUUUUGAAACUGAAUUGGGACGAGCAAAAAGUGAUCUCCUUCAAUUCUUAGUGUCACCUAGGGCUCAAGAGGAAUAUUCGUAACAUCUAUAUGUGUGU